UUCCUUAAGCUUAAUCUUACCAUUCGUUGACCAUAGGUCAAUCUAAUCAUUAACCUUAUCUUCAUAUUCAACCUGUUAAUUGUAACAUCCUUUAAUUUGUUGAGAGGAAAACCAAUCAUAGAUGUUGUUGAGAAAUUAAGUCAAGUUGAUCACAACUAAUAAAUAAAUCACCAAACAAUCAGUAGUUGUUGAUGAAUUGUGAAUAUUAAUUUUCUCCAUUAAUUAUUUAACCAUCAAUUGACUUUGACCUUUUAAAUUGUGAUCAAAUUAACUUUAAAUUCCGUGUAAUUAAUCAACUCGAGACAAAUGUCGUGUUACAGAAAUACCGUUAUUUUAUCGGCAAUAAUUAGUAUAAUUACUGUUCUUUUUGUUAAAAUAUUCACAUUUGAUGGGGAUCCAGUUAUAGCGGUUGCAACACGAUUCAUGGGGAAGAUGUUUUCUGCAAUGGCUGCGAUUGUCAUCUUGCAAACAAUUGGUUACCUGGAUAUUGAUGAUCUAAUUCCGGAGUUCACCUUAUUGACUUAUGAUCAGUUUAUCGACACUUAUGUGAUCCCGUUGUCCAUCACGAUGGGAUUUUUUAACGGGAUCAUUUUAGACAAAUUAAUCUAUGGUAAUCAAGGUAUUUUGCCAAGAUCAUCGACAGAGGAUAAAUGCAGUUACCUUAUUCUUGGACCAAUUUCGGAAGAGUUUAUUUAUCGAGUUAUAUUGAUCAACCUGUUGCGUCAUUGUUAUUCACCUUCGAUUUCGGGCAUUAUCGCCUCAGUGUUUUUCUCAUUAAGUCAUUCUCAUUAUCAUCUUAAUUUAAGACGAUUACUUGGACGUUGCCAAUGGUUCCCUUUCUUUUUCCAUACACUUUCGACACUUGUUUUUGGUCUCUAUGCAAGUCUUAUUUAUCUGCGAGUUCAAUCAACAGUGGUUGUAAUAAUUAUCCAUUCAUUUUUUAAUUACAUGGGAUUAAUCAGAGUAGAAAGAGUAUUCAAACAGUGGUGGCUUUAUAUUACUGAUUUCAUUGGAGUGAUCAUUGCGAUGAUUUCUUUGUAUUUCUUUAUCAGGGAUUCCGUUACUAAUUGAAAGUCUUCAAUGAGAUCCUUUUGACAAUUGUAUUAAUCAUCUUUAAUUGCAACUCCUAUUUUUAAUUACUCAUAAAAACAUUCCUUAAACUAUGA